AUUGAUAGAUAUCCUAGCUAGCAUGCAAGUAUCUUCUAAGAAGCAAGAUGAACAUGAAGCUUUCGUUGCUCUCAUGUUUGCUGCUUCUAUCUGUAUCAUGCAACAGCGCUAACCAAGUUGGCAACCUCAACAAGUUGAUAAAGUCUCACAGAUAUCAAAAGCCUCUUCAGUCUGAGUCGCAGAAUGGCUUAGAUCAGGUUGGAGAUAACACUUAUUCUCCAGUGUAUGUUGGAUCCCAAGAUGGGUCAAAGGAAGCCGAUAAGGUUGAGGCUUUGCCCGGACAACCAACCGAAGGAGUGGAUUUUAAUCAAUAUGCAGGAUAUGUUACGGUUGACGCUGACGCUGGGAGAGCAUUGUUCUACUACUUUGUAGAGUCGCCCCAGAACUCUUCAACAAAACCUCUGGUGCUAUGGUUAAAUGGAGGACCAGGAUGCUCGUCUCUUGGAUAUGGAGCCAUGGAAGAACUGGGACCUUUCAGAGUCAACAGUGAUGGGAACUCACUAUACAAGAAUGGUUAUGCAUGGAACAAUGAGGCAAAUGUCCUCUUCUUGGAGUCUCCGGCAGGAGUUGGGUUCUCAUAUUCAAACACAACAUCUGACUAUCAAAACGUGGGUGACAACAAAACUGCCUCUGACUCUUACAAGUUUCUUAUUAACUGGCUAGAAAAAUUUCCUGAAUACAAAACCAGAGACUUCUUCAUCACUGGAGAGAGUUACGCUGGUCACUACGUACCUCAGCUUGCAUACACCAUUGUCUCUGAGUCCAAAAUCACAAAUCAAACGAAAAUCAACCUCAAAGGAAUUGCAAUCGGGAAUGCCUGGAUUGAUGCUAGUACCGGUACACAGGGUGGUUAUGAUUAUUUGUGGACACAUGCUUUGAAUUCUGACGAAACCAGUGCAGGAAUCAAUAAAUAUUGCGAUUUCGUUACUUUUAAUAUCUCAAGCACAUGUGAAAAAUAUAUGAGUCAGUCAGAGAAUGAGGUUGGAGAAAUUGAUUCUUACAACAUAUACGCUCCACUUUGCAAUACAGAAUCCAAACCUGCAGCCUCAACUGUUUCAGUAUAUGAAUUUGAUCCAUGCUCUGACAACUAUGUGAACACCUAUCUAAAUCUUCCGGAGGUUCAAGCAGCUCUUCAUGCUAAACCCACACAAUGGUCAGCUUGCAGUAAUGUUGGAUGGACGGACAGCCCAGUUACCGUCCUCCCCAUAAUACAAGAGCUCGUAGCAAGUGGAAUCAGAUUAUGGAUAUAUAGUGGAGACGUUGAUUCGAUAGUAGCAGUGACAACUACAAGAUACGCCAUUAACACGCUGAACUUAAAGACUGAGACUCCAUUUCGGCCAUGGUACUCUAGCACCGGCGAGGUUGGAGGAUAUGUGAUUAGUUACGAGGGGUUGGUAUUUGCCACAGUAAGGGGAGCAGGCCAUGAGGUUCCAAGCUACCAACCAGAGCGAGCACUCACCUUGUUCACAUCUUUCAUUCAAGGGGCGCCACUUCCUUCCUCUUGAUUGAUCAGAAUAUCAUUUUAAUUUCCACCACAUAGGUCGACAGAGCUGGCGAAUUAAGCUUCAACACAGUACAUAACACAUCUGUAACACCUAGAUAAAUUCCUGCACAAUAACAAGAGACUGUUUGAAAUAAUUGAAGCUAGCUGAUCAAGAAGAACAAGUGAUUGACCAUUACACGUACAACAUAUGUGUGUGUAUGCAUUUCUGCUAUUUUGUUUUAAUGCUUGGCUUGUUUCAUUUAUGUUUGCUAUUAACAUCUUAUUGAAAGUUCAAUAAAAAUCAAGGUUUAUUCCC